AUGGCGUCGGUGGUGAAUGUAUACGCGACGUCGGCGACGACGGAAAAUCUAUCGAGGCAUGAAAUGUUGAUGUGGGUGAACGAUUGCUUGCAAAGCAAUUUUUCGAAGAUUGAACAGUUGCACACUGGAGCAGGAUAUGCACAGUUCACGGAUUUCCUGUUUCCUGGAUCGAUUCCGUUGAAGAAGGUGAAGUGGAAUUCGCACCUGGAAUUAGACUGGCUUGGAAACUGGAAAAUUGUUCAAACUUCAUGGAAAAGUCUCGGUGUCGAGAAGGUCGUACCUGUUGAUAGACUUAUAAAGGGAAAGUUUCAGGACAAUUUUGAAUUUCUUCAAUGGUUCAAGAAGUUUUUCGACGCUAACUACGAUGGACACGAAUACAACCCACUGGAUGCCCGUGGGGGCGAACCACUGCCUGCUGAAACUGCACCUGGUAAACCAUCCGGACCUGCAGCGAUGUCCACACGAAUGCAAAUGCCUACACGAACGAACAGUGCAGGAGUGACGCGAACCGGUCCGCCGUCCCGAAACGCUUCUAAUUAUUCAAUCAACGCCACGAACGCGACACCAGCAAAACCCCGUCCUGCUUCAGCAGCACAACGUCAUGCAGCACCUGCCCCUGCUAAAACUAAUAACAACGUAGCACCUAAGCAGCCAUCCGCUACAGCAGCUCGACCUUCUGCAGCUCCAUCGGUUGACGCAAUGCAAUUGAAACAGCUGAAGGAAGAAGUUGAUGAUUUGACCCGUCAGUUAGGUGAAAGUGAUGCAGUAAUGAGUAGCUUGGAAAAAGAACGUGAUUUCUACUUCAACAAACUGCGACAAAUCGAGGUUGUCUGCCAAGAUAACGAGUCGAUUGGUACUGUAGAAAUGAGGAGCAGUAAUGGUCGACUUCGAGACUUCCUCUAUUUCCAGUACCAUCACAUAUUACAGUUUAUUCGAGAACUGCGUGAUCUGCUUCCAUUCUUCCCCUCGAUGUUGUGUUGUUGUAAUGGUUUACGAUCGAUAAUGGCCUCAACUACCACGAAUCCCUCAACAUUGUUGCCACUUGAGUUGGUAGACAAAUGCAUUGGCUCAAGGAUCUGGGUCAUUAUGAAAGGUGAGAAAGAAAUCGUCGGAACAUUGAUGGGAUUCGAUGACUAUGUUAAUAUGGUCCUAGAAGACGUGGUCGAAUAUGAACAAACACCUGACGGUAAACGGGUUACAAAAUUAGAUACGAUAUUAUUGAAUGGGAAUCAUAUAACAAUGCUUGUUCCGGGUGGAGAAGGACCAGAAGUCUAG